AACAGACCUGUUACACAGUAUAUCAUCAAUUGUCUUGAUAGAAUGGAAAGGGAGCGGUCGGUCGGAAGUUACAUGAUUUUUCCUUCCGAAUCAACAUCACAACCAUCAGAUGCGGAAUUAAAAGAGUCACCAGUGCCACAUGCUCCACCGGCUGUACAACCAGUAGGCCGUAAGAUAGUGCUUAAUGUGCCGAUGAAUUACAAUAAGAGCAGAUCAGUCAUCAUGGAGGUUGCUUCAAAGAUCACAGGGAUCAUGUCGUUGGCAUACGACAGCGACAAGAGCACGCUGACGGUUGUUGGGGACGUGGACCCGGUGGCAAUCGUGACCAGACUGCGCAAGAUGAAAUACCCAGUGGAAAUAGUUGCAGUGGAGGUGAUUAGGACAAAGUAACAAUGCCCCGCGUGCCACUCCUACUACAUCCCCGUCCAAGACCAAGAGCAGAUUUUGCUUCGUGCUGGAUAAUCUCUCACAUGAUGGUGCAGGAGUCGGGGAUUUUGCCCACAAGUUGUUUCCAUUUCCCCCAUUUUCAUGUCUCCCCUGCAGUUUUCAGUUCAAAAAAUACUGCAGCAUGGAGCACACUCACCGAAUUCAGCGAUUACCAUA